AUGGAAAAAAAAAUAAGACAAUGCACAGUUCCUCUCUGUCCUCCCUGCCAUUACUGGCAAAAAAAAGACAAACAUAAUAUGGGCAAGAAAGCGCAAGGACCAAGGACCAAACCAGAAAUCGACGUGAAUGGUACCCUACUCGUACCGCCACCAAGGACGAUUGCCAACCAAGACCAUUUCCAUAGAUUAAACUACCUCUAUCAAAUAUCUGCUUACCAAACAAGGACAACGGCGAAGACUACAGCGAAGGGGCAUAUUUCUUUGGCACGCAAUUAUAUCAAAACAAUGGACUUGGUCAGCAAGAAAACUAAAACAUCUCUGCUUCCUACGAUUAAGAGGACCAUUUGUAAAAAAUGCCACCGGCUAUUAUGGACCCCAAAGAAACUCGAAAUCACUCACGACGGAGCCUUAUCAGUAACGUGUGCGUGUGGUACCGUGAAACGCUACAAUAUCGCCGCUGACCCUAACUACAAGACCUACUCAGAACGGGAAGAUAACCUGAUAGUUCCUUAG